AACACAAAACGCCCCGUUUUGAAGCACGCAAAAAUUCUCUCACUUUCUCUCCCUCCACCGCAGUUUCCUUCACCAAAUUCUGAAAGUUAAAUUCGUGCUAUGGAGUAUUUUUCCAGUGAUUACACUGAUUUCCCGUCGGCCGACAAUGUGAAUUUCAACAAUAACAACAAUUUCAACGGUGCGCAUUUCACGGUGGACGAUUUGCUCGAUUUUUCUAAGGCGGACGAGACGAUGACCGACGCGUUUUUCGACAGCCUGGCCGGGAAUUCCGCUGACUCGUCCACCGUCACGGCGGUCGAGAGCUGCAAUUCGUCGAUUUCCGGAGGCGGAGAUGGGCAGUUCAACGGCAACGUCAGCUGCCGCAGUUUCAACGAGACACAAUUCUCCGGCAACGAGCUGUUUGUUCCGUAUGAUGAUUUAGCUGAGCUGGAAUGGCUCUCGAAUUUCGUGGAGGAAUCUUUCUCUACCGCUGCUGCCGUCGCCGCCGACACUUCCUCCGCCGUCACCACAAACUCGCCGCCGCAGUUCUUCCCUGCCGACGUCUCCGUCCCCGGCAAAGCCCGCAGCAAGCGCUCACGCACCGCCCCCUGUGACUGGUCCUCCCGCCUCCUCGUCCUCUCCUCCAAGACGGCGCCGCCGAAGAAGAGGGAGCCCAAGGAGACGCCCGGCCGGAGAUGCCUCCACUGCGCGUCGGAGAAGACCCCACAGUGGAGAACGGGCCCCAUGGGCCCGAAAACCCUCUGCAACGCCUGCGGCGUCCGGUACAAAUCGGGCCGGCUCGUGCCCGAGUACCGGCCCGCAGCCAGCCCCACUUUUGUUUCCGCCAAACAUUCGAAUUCGCACAGGAAGGUGUUGGAGCUCCGGAGGCAGAAGGAGAUCCAAGUCCAGAGAGCGCAUCACCAGCCGUUGAUCGGCGGCCAUCAGAUGUUCAACGGCUGUGAUGAGUUCCUCAUUCAUCACCACGGUAGCAUCAACGGUCCGGAAUUUAAGCACAUGAUCUAGUGUGUGCGCGUGCGUCUGUGGUGUAUGUGCACUAGCGUAUGGUAGUUGGUACCCAAACCACAUGCCUGCUAAUUUUUCUUUUUCUUUUUUUUUUUUUUUUUUUUUUAGUCCCAU